AUGGAUAACAUCGGUUUAGAAGAAUGUUUACGUAAAUGCUUUGCGAAAAACAAAGAAAUUCUUUGCAAUUUACACAAACUGUUUGAAGAAUGGAACUAUAUAGCUAGUGUUGGUGGAACUGGAAUAUUCGUGGGAUCUUUAUUUCUGGCACCGCUUACUGGUGGAUUAUCAUUAGCUACCCUUGGAUUGACUGUUGGAGGUACUCUUACAAAUGCUAUCAUCAACUCUGUUGAAAACAACAAAUCGAAGAAAAUCAUUUCCAGCAUUCGGAGCUUGGUGAAGAUUCGUGAAGAUACUACACAACUAUUACAACAAAAAUUGAAUGAAAUUCAUGAUACAAUUAAUUAUUUUGCGUCAAAAGGUAUUGAUAGAGAAACAGCAUUUACCAUCGUAUUUCGACGAAUAGCAAAUAAUGCAGCGGAUUUGGGUGAACUUACGCAUAUCGUCAAUCGCCUUUUACAUAACAAUCCAUUGGCAAUAGCGAUGAUGGUUAUUCCAUUUUCUGGUUAUAUAAGCUUAUCUCGGCCAUUGGUAUAUUUCGAAACUUUAUCAAAAGGUGGUAAAAUGGCUGUAGACGUUGGUAAAGGUGUACACGUAGCCGAAAAUAUAUUAGAAACCGGUACUCGAAUAUAUGCUAACAUGUUAUCUGCUAACGCAUUGAAAGUUAUUUCGAAGGGUGCCAUAGUAACAUCAGCGGUCCUCAGUGUAGUCGAUGUUGGAUUAUUAAUUCGGGACUGGGCAUCGACAUAUCCAACAAAGACAAUGAUUCAAGAUGUUAUUCGGCAGUUAAAUGAAGAAAACAAAAGCUUUCAGCAGUUACUUCAACAAAUCGAUGAAUGCAAAGAAACAGUUUACUUAUCAUAUAUUGAUAGAAUUCCAGUUAUUGGCUCUGAUGCUCGAUUCACUUCUAUAGCGAUUGCAUUAUUUAAGAAUAAUAUUUCACAAUGUAUCAAACUGUUUGAGGAACUCAAUUUGCAAUGGCCUUUUCAAAAGCAUUAUACAAUUGAAGAAUUAGUAAACCUCAUUUUUUCUUUCAAACUUUCAAAAAGUUUUGAUAAGGAAAGUUUGGUAAAAAUUAUUUUAACAUGUGAGAAGGAAGACGAAGAAAUGUAUCGUAUCAAAGGUGAAAGUUUGUUAAAAAAUUUGCAACAGCCACUUGCUGCCUCAAGUAAUACUCAACAACCAAAACAACAACAACAACAUCAGUGUGAAGCUAGCACGAAGGAGCUAGCACGAACAAACGAUAUGUUAGCUAAAAACUUUUUUACUAAGUAUGUCCCGCCCGUGAAAACUACACCAUUCGACUCAGAAUUUAAUUCCGCGUCGAAUGGUGGUACUUUUAUUCACCGGGCAAACUUUGGAAAUUUUUCUAUCUAUAUCUUUUUUUGGGAAGUGAUUUCUGAUGAACAUGGUAUCGAUCCAACAGGUACCUAUCAUGGUGAUUCUGAUCUUCAACUUGAACGCAUCAAUGUUUACUUCAAUGAAGCAGCUGGUGGCAAAUAUGUUCCACGUGCUAUUCUUGUCGAUCUUGAACCAGGUACAAUGGAUUCAGUUCGCAGUGGUGCAUUCGGUCAACUCUUUCGUCCGGACAAUUUUGUGUUCGGGCAAUCUGGCGCCGGUAACAAUUGGGCAAAAGGUCAUUAUACAGAAGGUGCUGAAUUGGUCGAUUCAGUAUUGGAUGUUGUACGUAAGGAGGCUGAAUCAUGCGAUUGUUUUCAAGGUUUUCAAUUGACACAUUCACUUGGUGGUGGUACCGGUUCUGGCAUGGGUACAUUACUUAUCGCAAAAAUUCGAGAAGAAUAUCCAGAUCGUAUUAUGAUGACAUUUAGUGUUGUCCCAUCACCAAAAGUAUCUGAUACUGUUGUUGAACCAUACAAUGCAACAUUGUCUGUACAUCAACUUGUUGAAAAUACAGAUGAAACCUAUUGUAUUGAUAAUGAAGCAUUGUAUGAUAUUUGCUUUCGUACGCUUAAACUUACAACACCGACAUAUGGUGAUCUUAAUCAUCUUGUUUCGACUACAAUGUCAGGUGUAACAACAUGUUUAAGAUUUCCAGGUCAACUUAAUGCUGAUCUUCGAAAAUUAGCUGUUAAUAUGGUACCAUUCCCACGUCUUCACUUUUUUAUGCCUGGUUUUGCUCCAUUAACAUCACGUGGUUCACAACAAUAUCGUGCAUUAACUGUACCUGAACUUACACAACAAAUGUUUGAUGCAAAAAAUAUGAUGGCUGCAUGUGAUCCACGUCAUGGACGAUAUUUAACAGUUGCUGCAAUUUUUCGUGGUCGAAUGUCAAUGAAAGAAGUUGAUGAACAAAUAUUAAAUGUACAAAAUAAAAAUUCAUCUUAUUUUGUUGAAUGGAUUCCAAAUAAUAUUAAAACAGCUGUUUGUGACAUUCCACCACGUGGACUUAAAAUGUCAGCAACAUUUAUUGGUAAUAGUACAGAUAUUCAACAAUUAUUCAAACGUGUUUCAGAACAAUUUACGGCCAUGUUUCGUCGUAAGGCUUUUCUUCAUUGGUAUACUGGUGAAGGCAUGGAUGAAAUGGAAUUUACUGAAGCUGAAUCGAAUAUGAACGAUCUUGUGAGUGAGUAUCAACAAUAUCAGGAUGCCACAGCCGAAGAAGAAGGCGAAGGUGGUGAGGGUGAAGAAGAAGAACAUGCAUAA